AUGACCUCCUCCUCAGACGCUUCUCGUGAGGGGCGGGGAAUGGAGGCGGAGGAGGAGGAAAUAGAGGAAGACGACUAUCCUCACCACACGUGGGAUCAAUCUCCCUCAACCGCCUCCACCUCAUCCUCCUCUUCCAUGACCGCUCGUGCCAGUACACAUUUAACCGCACCCAAUCGUAAGGGGGAGGAGGAGGAAGAAAAUCUGGAAAGCGUUCACGCUUCGGGUCACUCAGCCAAGGACAACUGUCCCUGUGUGGAAUGCUCCACCCUAAAGUUCGCUCAAGCCAUUCCGCUGAAGAGUACCCACUUCUUCGAACGCACUUGGCGCGAGGAGGCUGUUGACUACGAGGCGCGUUUCCUCGGUCACUGCAACGUCACCACGGACAUUAAGGAAGCCAACUUCUUUGGCGGCGAUGGUCAGUUCAUCGUGGCGGGCUCGGACUGCGGAAGCAUGUUCAUCUGGGACAGACAGACCACCAACAUUGUACGUAUUCUUCAGGCGGACAGUGCAACUGUAAAUUGUGUCCAACCGCACCCCUCUCUCUGCCAGAUCGCCAGCUCAGGUAUCGACAACGUCAUCCGCCUCUGGUCACCGCUUCCUGAGGUUCGUUCAAUAUCUCUCCUUCGCAUAUUCUCGCUUCCCUCUUAA